CAGGCCGGCUGGAUGUAGCACUAUAAUUCAGGACAACAUAAGCAACACUGAGGCAACCAUUUUGGUGACUGUGAUUGAAGAAGCCCAUGCUAAGGCAUCCACUCCUGGAUAUUUGCUUAAAAAACAGACAAGUGACAUUUCACUAAAGCCAGUCCCUCAUGUGGCGUCUUCAAAAAGUGGAUCAGCAUGUGGAGUCUUUGUAAAAGGCUACAUCCACAUGGGUUCUAUUCUAGUGAGAAGAUGACAGGCCUGUUCGCCUAUGAAAGCUCUGAUUUGGACUGGUGUGAGGAUAAUUACAGGCACUCUGAACACAUAGUGGAGUACUUCAACACUAUGAGCAGCCUGUUCUUCUUCGUGAUCUCCCCCAUCAUGCUGUACCUGCUGCACCCCUACGCCAGGGAGAGGAACCUAGCGGUACACCUGGUCUGGACCAUGAUGAUCUUUGUGGGUCUCUUCUCUGCCUACUUCCACAUGACCCUGAGCUUCAUGGGCCAGAUGCUAGAUGAGCUGUCCAUCCUGUGGGUCCUGGGGCUCUGCUAUGGUCUCUGGUUUCCACGCAGGCUCUUCCCCUCCUUCAUCAAGGACAGGACAACUUUUUCCCGGCUGGUCAUGAUGAUAACUGUUGUCACCACCCUAUGCUCCUUUGUCAAACCCACUGCCAAUGCCUACCUCCUCAACUGCUUUGCCCUCCACAUCAUCUACUCAUUGGGUCUGGAGAUGAGGACCUGUACUGACCCGAAGGUGCUGCGGUUAUGCUGGUCUGCUGUUGGCCUGUGGGUGCUGGCCAUCUCCUGCUGGAUCAGUGAUCGUUUCGGAUGCAGCUUCUGGCAAAAGCUUAAUUUCUGUUACCUGCAUGGCAUCUGGCACAUUCUGAUUGUGAUGGCUGUAGCCUACGCAAGCACCCUGAUAGCCUACUUGGAUGCCAACUAUGAGAUACCCUACUCCCUGCCAAGCCUUCAGUACUGGCCCAAUGACAACUGGGUCCUGGGGUUGCCUUACAUUGUUCUGAAAGGAACCACCAAGACUCAGAAAAUAUUCUAAAGAACAUUCAACUUCUGCAAGAGACAACUUGAAGGCUUUGGUGAUGAAAUGUGGUCUGUAGUGCCAUGCAGAGAAAGUGUCAAAUGCAGUGCCUUUCUUUGUACUUAGCAGUGACUCAGUUUGAGAAAUGGUUGCAAUCCAUUGGUUUGCUUCUUAUUUUAUAUGAUAAUAGAAUCAAUGCCACUCAGGUCAUUAAUGUGUGUAUGUUUGUAUGCAUUUUGUGUGAAUUUUGAUCAAUUCACCCAUCUGUUAUUUGCAUUCAUACAGAUGUGGGAUCUUAAUUUGAUCAAUAUUUUUUUGCUGAGAAUUUUCCUGCAUUGCAGGAAAUGCAGAUGAGCUUCUUGGUUCACAUAAAUUCACUGAAAACCAACGGUUAUAUUAACAGUAUUUUGCUUUUCAUGUAGCAUACUUUUGGCCAGCAUAAUAGCCUAAUCACCGAUCAAGCAACAUUAUGGACUAAACGUUAAAAUCCUAUUACUGCAGGAUUAUUUUGCUGUUACAAUAUAGGUCAAAUUAAGAUCCAACAUCUGUAUGUGCAAGGAUAUUCUCUGCACAUGGUGUUUGUAAAAAAAAACAUAUUUUGGCCUCCCGGGUGGCGCAGUGGUUAAGGGCCAUCAGAGUCCCUGGGUUCGCGCCCAGGCUCUGUCGUAACCGGCCGCGACCAGGAGGUCCGUGGGGCGACGCACAAUUGGCCUAGCGUCGUCCGGGUUAGGGAGGGCUUGGCCGGUAGGGAUGUCCUUGUCUCAUCGUGCACCAGGGACUCCUGUGGCGGGCAUUGCGCGCUAACCAAGGUUGCCAGGUGCACGGUGUUUCCUCCGACACAUUGGUGCGGCUGGCUUCCGGGUUGGAUGCGCGCUGUGUUAAGAAGCAGUGGGGCUUGGUUGGGUUGUGUAUCGGAGGACGCAUGACUUUCAACCUUCGUCUCUCCCGAGCCCAUACGGGAGUUGUAGCGAUGAGACAAGAUAGUAGCUACUAAAACAAUUGGAUACCACAAAAUUGGGCAGAAAAAGAAAAAAAAACAACAACAUGUUUUUAUAUUUAGCUGAGUACUGAGAUAUUUUCAACAAAAAAGACAGCUUUGUUUAAAUGUGGGGCUGAAUCACAACCACAUUUCAGGGGGCUUUGUAGAGUUUGUUUACAUAACCUACACCCUUUUCAGGGAUAAAUAUCACAUUGUGUGUGAACUGAACUAAACUAAGUCAUUUUAUAACAUAAUUGAAUCUCUCUCAGGUUUUUCAAAGAGUAUUACAAUGUUAUUACAGAAACUGUUAGGAACAUGUCAAGUUUUGUUUUGUGUGGGGUUCUACCUCAAUGAGAGUAAUUACAUUUUUAUAUGAAUAAGAUGAACAGUUUGUGCAUUACUGAAAUAAAUGCACUGACGAAUUUCAGACAUUUAACAGAA